GUCUCUGAAAGCACAGCCUUAUUUCUCCUAUACAUAGCUACAUUUCUAGACUGAGAACAAAACACGCACAUCGAAGAUAAAACACUCAUAAUAACAAACAAAAGACACAAGAGUGUCUUGUCUAUUUUUCUCUUUUUUCUGCUGUAGAUUUUUCUUUUCUCCAUCAUGAGCUAUGGUAUUCGCCAGGUAUAUCGCAUUCAUACUUUCUACCUAUUUAGGUAAAUUUAUCAAGGGCUUGAACAAGAACUCCGUCAAUUUUAGCCUGCUCAGGGGAUCCUUUGAACUCAAAAAUGUCGAGCUGGCAUCGGAUUUGCUAUCCUUCUCUGAUCACUUUCAGUUGGAAAGUGGCGUGGUAGGAAGCCUCAGUGUCAACAUUCCAUGGCAUUCACUCUACAGCCGAAGAUGCGAAGUGAUCAUCCGCGAUGUGGCCAUUGUGGUAGCUCCAAAGUACGGUCGACAGACAAGCUCCUCUUCCUUCUUUACAUCGAAAGAAGAAUUUCUUGCCGCUAUACAAGCAACUCUAGCCGACGAAAACAAGGAAGAGAAGACAGAGAAGGAAACGAAAAGUGGAUUUCUUCACCGCCUCACUCAGACAAUUCUCAAGAAUCUUGCAUUUCGCCUUGAAAACGUCUCUUUUCAACUGGAGGAUAAAUCUGGCUGCUGGCAGGGUUGCAGCGCAGGUGUGAAAGCACAAAUUGGAAAAGUAAGCUGUGAGGCAACUGAUUCAGAAUUUUCCCCUAUAUUUAUUCAACCGGAAGAACAAAGUUCUUCAGCCAUCUCGUUGUAUCGCCUGAUUUCGUAUGAAAAUGCUUCUAUCCAACUUCUCUACGCUGCGGCAAACGCCACGCAAAUCAAUGCAGCCGACGCGCAGGCACCACAGCGCAACAGCUCCGCAGAAGACUUUACCCGCUUUGAAGAAGCAUUGCGCUCGUCUCAGGGCGUGUUAACUGUUUCAUGGGAGGACAUCCAAGCUCCUGUGCGCCCGACGCCUUCUCUCGCUAUUACACUAAUAAUGAAUGAAAAUAGCGCCAGCUGGAAUCCGCACUGCGUCGCUGCCCUGGGUGUUCUUGCUGAAGGGGUGCGAUUUGCACCCCAAAGAGCGUACGCGUGGAGCAUACGUCCAGAGUGCCGGCUACGUCAAGGUGAUCAGGGUGGAACAAUAAAAUGGUGGCAGUACUCUGUCCAGAAAGUGGUGGACUGUCAAAAGGCAUUGCGUGAACGCAGCCGGUUUAAUUGGAACAGUUUUGUGCACCGAAAAGAAUUCCUGUCGAACUUUUACUACUACUGCCUGAUAUUGUUAAAAGCGCCUUGGCUGCCGAGUUACCUCGAAACAAGUGUAGAUGAGGAGCAGCUAUCAUGUACUCCCGUACGCGACGUGAUGACGUGCUGGAAUGCCGCUAGGUGGUACGUCAAACAGUACGAAACGCACAAGGAAGCACCGCAGGGGACGCUGUACACGCAAUAUCUCCAAUACUAUUGUCUACAUGCAGAUAAUCCAAGCGAAAAGGUGGUUCAGCCUGGCAAACGGUCAUUGGCGCUCAUGGACGUUAAUUUGACGAUUGAGUGUGCACGUCUCAUCAUGAAGCUGGACGAGAAUUUGCAGAGCAUGAUAGCUAAUUCGUUUGUGGGGGCAUCAAAGAAGGGUGAGAACAUGCAGGGGCAGCUGUCUGUUUCGUCCGUCACCAUUAUUGCGGAAAACUCAGAAGACAGUCCGCUUCUGUCUAUCACAGGCAACGGCGGUGACACAGGUGCAUUACUCCAAGUGUCCAAAAUUGGCUCUGCUCCCGUUAACGGUGAGCUUUCAAUCGAAGCAAUUACGACGUGUCUUGACCUUUCCUUUCAGGAAAUGCUCUUUUCAAAGUUAGUCUCCUACAUUGCUGCUGUAAAGCCGUUUGUGCAUCAACGCUUCCAAAAAUCAAAACAUACGCCAGCGGAACCGCAAGAUGCUCCAACAGUGCUUAAACCUCCGGAAGAACAAUCGUUUUCGCACUACACUAUCACGGCGAAGUCCAUCGUAGCCAGUGCAGACGGUGUCUCGCUGCGCAUCCAAAGCUUAAAGUCUGCGCUCGUACCGCAUAAUCCCAUUGUGGUCAAGGUACAGCAGAUUGUGUCAACUGUCAACGGCGCAAACCUUCUACAACUGUACUCUGUAACCGUAGCGCCCUCAUUUAGCAAAGAGUCUGUCAUGGUUAACGUGGUAACAGACAACGCGUCCCUGUCAACGGACAUUGAGAAGUUUGAGUACGUUAACCUGCUCAUCAGCGCGACGGCAAUUCGUUGGAAGAGGGAAGCGGACAACGUCAUCGUAGAGUCGUUGUCGUUUUUUGAAUCGGUCGAAAAAGAAAGUGUGGAAAACGACACUAGCAGCACCCCUGUGAAAGUAUCUGUACACUUUGGGUUUAUCGAGUUUGGGGCCCUCGCCUUGGACGCAUUUGAUAUACAGGCCACUCUGUCAGACGGAUGGCAUAUUCACCUCAGCGCGGCGGGAGGGUCGACGGAGGGAUGGUGUCACAGUGCACCUCCGCACCCGCAAGAUCCGUUCAUCGACAUUGACAUAUGGGCGGACGAGUUCCUUCAGGAGUCACCGUUUGCAGGCAACAUCGAAGGCAACGGCAUCGGUUUUCUCUUCGCCUUCAAUCAUGUUACCUUGUGUCUUGGCGAUGAGCUCGCCGCCACCGCGGAAGCGUUGUUCGACGUAAUCAUGCUUCUUAUCUUCGAAGACGAGGACCGCCACGUGCAUCUACGUGAAGACCGCCAGUAUACUACUCCUCACAUAAGCGGACGUCUCAUCGGCAGCGACGCCAGAUUUCUGUUAGAAAGCGAUGGCGGUGAUCUUACGUUGCUCCCUGGCUACGCAGCCGCCAUGAACGGUGACGAGGCAAGCCGAAAGGCGUUUGUCAUUCCUGUUCCUCCGAUGCCGCUUACGAUAGAGUUGCUUGGGAAAGAAUGUCUUGACGUUACGUUUCACCGCUACGGCGAUAAACGCAUGGACGUCGCGGUGCUGCUCCAAAACGGCGUGAAUGCGUUUCUGCGCGGCACACCGGCGCACAUCCCUCUGCUGCCUUCGCGCGAAGGCACUCGGGCGGAAAUCAACCUUCGCCUCUCUGCGCCAAGCGAAGCGGAUCUGCUGGUGUUUCCAUACAGCCGGGUCGACAUCGCUGUAACGCUGCGUGAGGCCGCCGUUGUAGCGCACAUCCCCACAAUUAUGGCGCUGUGGACGAACUUCAACACCCCGUCGCUGCCGCUCGGGCGAGUACGCAAUGUGGGCAACCGGGUCCACUUCAUCUCACGACCGAGUCGUCCCGGCAAAACGCUGCCGCCGCGCUCUCCCAUUUCGGCGGCUUUGGAGGCAAUCGGCGCCGCCGCGUUAGCGCAGAGCUCGCCGUUUCCCAAACCUGCUGCGCAAAGCGAAAGCGCAGCGGCAACAGCGUUACUUGAGCCAAGUUCCAUCUACACCACUCCGGUGUUUCCAUCGGAUGUGACGCUGCGCGUUGAGGUGGAGCACUCGGAACUGUAUUACACCUGGGGCGAAGGGAGCGUCGCACCACUAUUCCUGCACGCAGCGGUGCCGAAGUGCGACGUGGUUGUGCUGAACCGUGACGAGUACGUAGAGGUGAAUGUGCGAGGUAUCAUGACGAUGCCUGGCGUCACGACGUCGCUAUUCGCCUCUCCCGCUGCAGGGAAGCGACCUAGAGAUGGAAGCGCGAAGGGCGACGGCAGAAAGGCAGAGGGAGAGUUGACGAGGACGGAGUGUCUGGAGGACGAAGUUGAACCUCACGCAUCGGCGGUAAGAAGCAGACCCACCCGUGCCACUGACCCACCAUCAGAUUCGCUCUCCAACCGCACGACUGAUUCACGGGAGCAGACGCCCUCUGUCCCCCUCAAUGCCGCGGAAGGACACUCAGCCAACGCGAAGACGUACGAAGCAAGCAAGCACGUUUCGCCGAUGCUCUCCGCCUUUGCAGAUUGCGAAGAGGAUCCACCGCACUCCUCCGCCAUUCAAGUGCACGUCACGUACACCAUGGACAGCCGGCCACCCUAUCGCCCUGGCGCUUCGAACGACACACUUGCCGUCUCACUCAGCGGCACGGCGGUGCCGGGCAGCGGCGCACUGCCGGGCCCGCUGCACAUCUGUCUGCGCGACCCUGUCGAGGUGGGAGCGUGGCUUACCUUCUUCACCUACUUCAACCCCGCCAACACCAUCCCGCUCUCCACCAGUAACGUCGCGUUCUUUUCAACACUGAGCGCCUUUGCGAACGAUGACAUCAGUACGAGCAACAUCCAUCACGGGGACCCACUCUGCAGCGCUGCAGGUGGGGAAGCGGGAAAACCGCCGUUCGCAGACACCGCCACCGGCGACAGCGGCAGCAAUUCAGGCAAUACGCGCUGCAUAGAAACGCUUGUGCGGCUCGCCCCUAUCGUCUUCCACCUCCCUUUUGCCGGCGCGGCGGUGGCGUUGUGGGACGGGGUGGUGUUUUCUGCGUCGCCUGGGUACAAUGCGUUGCGCAUCCCACAGCUCGAAGUGCUCGUGCACGAGGAGUUGCUGGACGGACCAACACCACUUGGUGCAACCGGCUCAUCCCUGAAAAAGCUGCGUGCACUGUGCGAAAAAGGAUACUCGGUGCUGUCGCUGCGAGGCGCUAGCGAAAACGGCAGAGGAGGCGUAACUGCUGUGCCGGGGGUGCUUCUGGAAACGCGACAGCAAGGCCCUUCCGCAGCGGGCAUCCGUCGCCGACUCGUCGUCCCGGCGUUGCAAGGGCAGGUGCUCCAAGAGACCACCCUGGUGCAGAUGCAGUCCUGUGCUACGCUUGCCGCCGUCGGCAAGGUGUUUUCGGCUCGCAACGCCCAGUGUGCCUUGCUGAAUGCGGUGAUCCAGCACGAAAGCCGGCGGCUGGGGCUGCAGUACGCCUGUUGCGUCCCUCCCCAAGUGGAUGGCACCACCGACGCGAAGGUGCACACGCAGCUGCUGCUGCCUUUUCUUUCCCCACCCAUGGUGAUGCUCUUUCAAAACGCGUGCUUCACGUACGAAUGGGAGAGCGGCCUGCACCGCGACGUCCGUGCGGGAUUGACGGUCGCCCUGCACAAUCUGCGCUGCAACGACUACGAGGCGUACAGCAUGGGGGAGCAGCAAUGCGGCACGGACGCUGCCGGUGGUGGUGGCGGAGGCAGCGACGGCGCCUCCCGCUACCCUCUCUCGCUCAGCAUGCCAUUUUUUGUGGAUAUCGACUCGGUGGACGCCUAUGCGUGGUGGACGUCGGUCGAGGCAGACCUCGUCGCCCUCCUGCAACGCGAAACCACGCAGGCCUCCAGCGCGACGCACUCCUCUCGCCUCACGCGCAACCUGGAGGAGGGGGAGGAGGAGGAUGCAAGGGCGGAGGAGAUCGACAGGGGCGCCAGCGAGGAACGUCGUCCAGCGCCGCCGUCGGUGGGGGCGUGUAUGCCUCUGCUGCUGAACCCUGUUCGUGUCCGCACUUCUAUCUCGUCUGGCACACCUGCCGUGGCGAUGAAACCCGAAAACGAUGACGGCAAGCAGGGCUCGCAGUCUAGGCGGAUCCCACCCGCAGCUUCCACGGCGUCGUUGCACACGAUGCCGUCUACUUCGAGUAGCUCGUCUGCGACGGCGGCAGCUCCCAUGUCACCGCUCUACACGACCGACGUCGCGGUUGCCCCAGUGUUCGAGGUGUCGCCAGUGCACGUCAUCCUCAGCACCUCUGCCUACGUGAUGUUGAGCGACGCUUUGAUGCGUAAGCGCCACGAUAAGGGCGGUGGCGAAGCCUCGUCAGAUCCGUCGCCGCGCCCUAUAGGUGCACACGUCUAUUACCUCGUGCGCCAUGGUGUGCAUCGACCUCACCAGGAGGACGGGUCACCGCUUUCACCACCUCGACCGUCAACAUCAUCGGCGCCUCCGCUGCCAACAUCACCACUCUCUAGUCACCGCGACGGUAGAAACCAAGGCAGCUCCAGAAGACUCGCGUACGACUCGAGGCACCAGAGCGGGUCGGACGCGGCGCGUGCACCAUCGACUUCCAGCGGCGAAGCGCUCUACCUUUACCGCUUUGACGGUGAGGAGCAGCGUGUUUGGGUCGAGAAGAUCGAAUCAGGACGGCCGGCUCGAGUGGUUGGUCAAAGUUCUCGAGGUGUGCAUCGCUCGUUACCCUCCCCUUUCCCUGCAGUGACCGCGGCUGCUGCGACAACGGCAAACCCGAGAAGCGGCGAAGGAGUGACCUUUAUCCCACUCAGCUCCGUCCACACAGUAGACGGACUGCUGUCGUCGGCAGUAAACGCUCCGUGCAUGAAGGCGGCCGUACCAAGCCCGGACAAUCCGACCGCAUCCGAAGCUUCUCAUACACCGUCUUCGUCGAUGUUAACACCGUUGCAGGUUGUGUCACCACAGCAACCACAACAGCAGGCUUCCGCGCAUGUAGCAGUCCUUUCCCCUCUGAACCCUACGGCGGAGGCGGUCCCUCGGCUGCGGAACCGGGUGAAGGUGACGGAGCUAGGUAUUCGUCUCGUGCUCCUCCAAGACGUGGAGUCGUCCUUCAACAUGGUGGGUGAGGCGCGAGAUUUUUGGCAGCGCUACACCGCCGUCCACACCGCCGCCCGACGUGCCGGCAUAGCCGCCGAGGGCGUUCUGUCGACCGCCGCCGCUGAGCCACAUGCCCUGUCAGUUCUCUCCUUUCUCGCCACGACAGUUCCGGCGUUGCACACGCUGCUGCGGGCCUCGACGCACGGCUCCGCGUGGAGUCGCGGCAACUCCGCAAUGAACUCAACUCGACAGCGCCUUGGGCCGCCGGGGCCGGCGUCACUGCUGGAGGAAAACUGUGUGGACGCCCUGUGUGUGCAGCUACGCGGCAUCGUCGUGUCCAGCUUCACCGAUGCCCGCUCCAUCACACUGGACUCGUGCGUGUGCACCAGUGUGAAGAGCCCCAGUCGGCCCUUGCUCGCCGUGGCGCAGGCGGAGUUGUACCUUCCAACGUCGAGCGUCACCUAUCCUUCCAUGGCGGUGGCGGCGAGGAGCGUCGCACGUGACUUGGGGAACGCCACAGGACGAGGCGAAGAGCAGAGCCAGGUUAACGGGGUCAGCGCGUCUUCCCCACCGACCGGCGAGGCAGCUGGCGGCAGCAAGACCAAGGCCGCCAUGUCUUCUGCCGGGUUGGCCUUUUCGUCGCUUCAGGGCACAGGUCCGGCUGCGGGAGUUGAAGGGCAGCCAAGAGAAGACGACAACGACGAUGACCGCCCCACUCCACCGUCGCGCACCACUGCGACCGCGGAGAAGGCGGCGCAUUCACAGGCGCGCGGGGGCGGUGGUGGUCGACCGGUCGUCGUGAUGGGGGAGGUGGGGUGUCGUGUGGACGCGAUCACCGUCGACAUCAGCGCCACCGCGCUGCGGGUCUGGUUGAGUUGCUUGGUGGAACAGCCGGUGGCGGCGCUGCGGGCGGCGGCAGAGGGGGAGGAGAAGCGAGUGGCCCUCAUGGGUACCGCCACGUCGACGGACAACGGCACAGAGAGCGCAUCCGCCGCAGCAGACGGCGCUGCAGGAGUGCACGACAGUGUGAAAAGAGAGGAGGUGAUUCCCGGCUCACACCUGACGGAGCCGGUCUCCCUCUUGAAGUGGCCACCAGGGCGUGGCCUGCGCAUCUACGAGGCACUCGACCCGAUCUGGUCCUUAGAGCACGACAUCACCCUCUCUCGCAACGGACUCGUUCUCUUCUUCUCGAGCCACAACACGAACCUCAUGACGGUCAUGCUGAACGGCUACAAUGUCAUUCUCGAUGAUGCGCUGCUGCUGCAGCCGGACGGCCUACAGCGCACCGUGAUGGUCGUUCAGGGCGGACUCACCGUGCGCUUUGUGGGCAGUGGGCGCGUGCAGCUGCCGCUGGGGAUGUGGAACCCGUCGCUGGGGGACAGUCAGGGAAACACCAGCGUGGAGGCGGUGCUGCUGCCGUUUAUGGCGGUCGGCGAGGACAGCUAUCUGGAGUGCGUCCACGUGCGUCUCGGCUUUAGCGAGCCGACGAGUAUGGGCGUGAAGGGGCCAGCAGCAGCGGCAGCGGUGAUGCCUCCCUUGUCGCCCUGCACUACAAUCAAGUCGGAUGGUGCGGAGACAUCGCUCCCAGCAACGUCACCCAUCAACGCCGGGUCGCCGCCUCGCACAGGAAAGGCAACGGGAGUUGCGGCGAAUACCGCUGUAAAAGCCACCCCGCUAGCCCACCGCAGCAUCCACCUCGUGCUACCGCGCGUCUCGCUCAUCAUGGAGCCGCGCCGGGAAUCCCGCCAGGUCCGCCUCAGCACCGCCGUCGAGUUGUGGAUGAGCGUGUGCGGCGGCGCGCUGCUCCGCGACGAUUUGCGCUGCACCGGCCUGACUGUUUCCUCGGAGUCGAUCUACGAUGCCGCGGCGUCAACGGCACGCACCGCCGUGCUUGCACCGGUAGAUGUGAGUAUGUGCAGCAACAACGGCCGCCAUCACGCGGUGUCGCUCAACGCGGCGCAGGUGGAUUUGGGUCGGGCUGAUUUGCUGCUGCUCUCCACCUACGCCGGCGAGCUGCAGGCACUGCGGUCGUACGCGAAGUACUUGACUCACAGUCGGGUGGAGAAGGAGUUUCUAGAACUGGUGGAGGCGACGCUGGCGUGGAAGGCUGCCGCGCCGGUGGACCUCUUCACCGCUGGCACCAACGACGAUGACGACGACGAGGCGGAUGGAGAAGGUUCGGGAGCAGAAAGCGACGACGAGGGGGAGGAGAACCAGGUGGAGGAGGAGGAGGAGAACCCCAAGGACGGUGCACUGGACGGACGAGAGGUGUCGGUGAGGCACGAUCUACCGCCGUCGCAGCGGGAAUCGAAGGUCAGCUGGCGACAGGGAGGAGAGAGCUCACGGGUGGGCGCGAGUGAGUCUUUGGGUAACAUCGACGACGCGGCGGCACCGGGAGCCUCGCGACGGGAAAGCGGACAGGAGAAGGCCGCGGCGGGUCCGUUUGCCGCCAUAUGGGACUCCGUCACCUCGCGCAGAAGUGGAAAGGAGGAAGGCAACGCCGCGGCGCCGACGGAUCGGCCCGCUGAGAAGAAGGCUGCUGAAACCGCAGUGGACGCUCCCCCGCAGAACCAAACAAAAGACCCGCCAUUAGAAGAGCAGCGACAGCGACAGCAGUUGCGUCGUCGUCGUCGUCAGCGCGAGCAAAAGCCGCCUCACACCCGUGGCUCUUCCUGGGCCAUUUACACGCCUGUUAUCGAACUCACCAUCAGCGAUCACCGCUACCCGCUGCUGCAGCUGCGGGUGCAGGACAUGCUGCUGCGCCGCACGUCCACCUCCGUUGUGGCCAGUACAUCGCUCUUGCAGUGCCAAAAGGCAAGUUUGCAGGUGUACGGACGCGGCCGUUGGGACUCUUUGUUGCUGCCCAGCGCAGCCGUCACCUGGUCCCUCACGCAGUCCAUCUCCCGCCACAGCAGCAACGGCCACGUCCUUCUCAAGGUGGAGGGCAUACGCGUGCAGUGCUCUCAUUUAAUUGUGGCAAAGUUGCUGUACAUCGCGCGGCAGCUGAAGAUGCUCUCCAGCAGCCUGCAGAGGCGAUUCGCAGCGGCGGCAGCGGCGCUGACAGGGGAAAAAGCGCCGGUCGCUGUCGAUCUCGCUGCCCCUGCCAAUGUAGAUGGAGACGGCACGGAGCUGCAGUACCGGCUGGACAGUCACACGCUGAGCGUUCUGACGGGUGACAACAACAGUAGAACCAGCGGCAGUACCACUAGUAGCAACAACGGCGACGAUGCUGAAAGCCACAGCAGCACCGACAGCGACAGCAGCAGCGGCACAGGCACCGAGGCCUCUGCAGAUGACGAAAAAAAGACUCCGCAUCGCCGUGCACGUGUGUCGGCUGCCCGCUCAACCGCCAUGAGUCUUGCCUUUCGAGAGCCUGCCUUCUCCUCGCGUCGCGCACUUCGCGAUGCAACGACGGCAGGUGCGCCAGGCGGUGUCCCGGUAACGGCUGGCAUGGCGACGCACCGCCUGUGGAAUAGCUUCCGCUACACCCUCUUUGCCGGCAUUUGCGAGCGGCAGGCGGUGACCGCCGUCGCGGCCGCCGACGCCUCCCUCUUCUUCUCCGUCGACUCCACGGAAGCGGUGCCGACGAUUUGGCACUGCAAGGAGCUCUACCGCCUUCCACCGGCGUCGGCGACGGACGUCUUCAUCUCGUACCGCCGCGCCCGCUCGCUCGUCUUGACGUUUUUCCCCGCCGGCUGUGUGGAGUGGGAUGAAGAUGCGGGGACGUGGGUGCUGAACGCAAACGGCGAAACGGAGCUCGCGGCGAAGGCGGUGGAGGCGAUGCGCGGACCCGCCGACAGCACCGGCGAAGAAGACGGUGCGUUCGCUGCGCGUGCCGCUAUCAACUGGUUCCCCUUCACCACACUGCAGUACGGCAUGGCACGUCCCGUCGCGGUGCGUACAACGACAAGAGUAGAAGUCACGCCCCCCGCCGCCGUGGCCGCGGCCGCCUCCUUGACUCUGUCUCGCGAUGGCACUGUCCUGUAUGGCGGCAGCAACAGCAGCAACAACAGCAACGUCGGCGGUCGUGUGAUGAGGACGCGGCCUCGCGCACUGGACGUUGUAGGGGGCAGUGAGGCGGACAGCAGCUACAAGGUCCAAACCUACGCCCUGGCGCUCACCUGCGUCGACCCCGAGGAGGAGGCGGAGAGCCUGCAGUACCCGAUCGUCGUUGCCCCUGAUGCGACACGGAAUACGCUUGAUACAGCGCGACGAGGACGUAGUAGCCGUCAACGUACGCGCGGCGGUGGUACCUCGGCCGCGUCCGUCACCUCUCGCCACCUGUCCGCGCCUCUUUCGCGGCGAUCGUCAUCGGCUUACGUCGACGCCGCAGCCGGAGGGGCCGCUGGUAUGGGCGACGGCGCUGGUGAGCCUGACGAAGCAGAGCGGCGCUUCAAUAGGCGUUCCGUUGACUUCACCGUAGACCCACCGCACGACGGCGGCCCCCUCGCGUCACCAACCUCGGCCGCUGCUGCUGCGGCAGCGAAGGUGCAGCAUCCGUACCCCCACGGGUCCCACGUGUCGCAUCCCACCACCGCCCCUGCCGCAAAGCCGCACUCCUCACCCCAUCAUCGAAGGCACGGCGGUCGUGGUAGUGUGGCGGAGGGCGGUGUGUCCAACUCCGCAGCGCUGCGGAUGACCGGCCAGGGCAGCAGUCACACCGCAGCCGGCCCGGUAAUGAUGGCAGAAGAUAGCAGUGUGGGUGACCUCCUCGUGGUGCGUCUGCAGGCCCGCAGCUCCUUAUUGAACGAAACCGGCUGCACGCUGCAGCUGUGCUCGCUGAUGCCGGCGGCUGCGGUGGUCAGCGAUACCACUUCAACUGCGGCAGCAGCAGCAUCAACGUCUGUCACGGUGCCACCAGGAUGGCGGCUGCCGUUGGAGGAGGAGGACGUGCAGAAUGAAGUGCUGCUACGCGUUUGCUGUCCAUCCGCCCGCUGGGUCUCGCCGCCGACGACGACGACCACCGACGCGCCGCCACACAACAGCAGCACCCAUGAGGAGGAUAGCAGUGAAGGUCUGUCGAAUAGAGACGGCGGAGCGGAAAACAGCGGUGCAUCGGUCGAUCGCUGGUACGAGGCGCGGCUCGUCCUCGGCGACCUCGACAGUGGACACUUUCUGACGUUGAACCGAGCUUCUCGCAAGUCACGGUGGUCCGCUGAGACGGCUGUCCCGAGCACCGUGCCCACCGCCGCCGUGGCCGCUGACGACGCCUUUGAGGACCACGACAAGCGCCCGUUGAUCCUCUUUGUGGUGAUCAACUACUCCUCGGACAACCUCAUCGAGCACAUCGCCCUCUACCCCCGGCUGACACUGGUAAACCAUUUAGGUGUGAAUGCGCGGGUGGCGGUGUUCCAGCAGGACCCCGCGGCCGGCCCACAGACGCCCGACGAGGCGAUGCUGUUAGCACCGUGGACGGCGCCGUACGUGGGUCGUGGCCGACACGAGCGCGAGCGCUUCCACCGCAGCCUCGUCGCACUCGGCGCCCACGACGCCCUCCCACACCAGCACGCCUUGCCCCUGCACUUCUGCACCUACAGCAACAACCUCGUGUUGGGUCUGUCCUUCAGCCAAAGCACCGGCGACACCCUCAUCACGGCUGACCUCGAGCUGGUCGUCACCCGCCUGCGCGAGGCCGUCGACCACCACCCACACAUGCUCCUCCUGCACGACAGCCACGGCCGCACCUUUUACGUGCAGGUGAGCGUGAUGCCGCGCACCGUGGUGCUCUCCGUUGCCUUGUGGGUGUACAACUUGACGGAGUACCCUCUGCUGAUGUGCGACAACAUCGUGCGGCGACGGCUGUGUCCGGGUCAGAGUAGCACCACGGGCAUCAUUCCCUCUCAAGGCGAGCCGUUUCUGAUUGGCUGUCGGCUGGCCGACUUUACACAAGGCUUCUUUUCGAUUGGGCUGGAUGGCGGCUGGUCCGGCGCGGUGCCCAUCGACGUCGGCUCCACCGGUGUCUUCGUCUCUGCGCAGUCGCGGCUCGGCAUUCAGCGCAGUUGCAACUACUCCAUCCUGUUCCCAAACGCGCAGGAGGGCCGGCCGAUGGUGCUGCAAAUCACUCCUCGAUGGGUCUUCUACAACAACGCGCAGAAACGGCUGCGAAUCCACUUCCGCUUUCCAGGGCUGGCGAAGGUGAUGCGCGAGGCGGAGCGAAUGAAGCGGCGACAACUGCUGCUGCUGAAGCAAGGAGCAGAGAGCGCAGACGGCAUGGAAGCAGCAGCAGCGUCGUCGUCGCCGUCGCCGCAGCAGCAGCAGCGCAGUCAAGCUCUGCAUCCGGCGGACGACAACGUCUCUACUCUCGCAUCCCUCGCAACAGUGCAACUGAACCCCGGUGACUACCACGUUAGCUGCGUCGGUCCGAUCGAAGGCAACCAGUUCUGUGUGCAGGACGUGCUGGAAGGCGUCCUGCCCUCCAUCACCUCCAUCACGAAGGACAACAACUUCGAACACCGCGACGUCGCCGCGUACUACGAGUCCCACCUGACCCCGUACAUGGACGUGGACCGGCCCGGCGCGGCGGCCUUCAACCUGUGGGCCGCGCCACGCGCUCCAGGGAAACGGGUAGCGGUAAGCUACGGCGGUGACCUCAUUGUGCAGCGACCUCUCCUUCCCCACCCCACCUGGCUGGAGCCGUACGAUGCGUACGCGUCGGAUGCCGUCAUCACAGGCCGAAUUGCGGUGGAGGUGCAGAACACUGACAACGUCUUGACGGUGCUGCUGCAGCCCAUUCAGGGCACGAAGAUUCUCCUGCAGAACCGCACGGCGCGGGACGCGGUGAUGGUGCGCCAGCAGGGCAGCCGUCGGCGCAACCGCAUCCCACCGCGCCAGAACCGCUUCUUCCUGUGGGAGGACGCCAGGCAGGAGCACCGGAUUCGCGUGCACAUCCUCGGCUUCAAAGGGCGGUGGUUCGACGUGGAUUUCAGCUCCGGGGAGUGCCAGGUGACCUACCACGAAGACAGCGAGGCCGCCGCGGAGGCGGAGGCGCUGGCCGCGGCGCAGCAGGCCCACCCGUGGCCCACCCACGUGAAGCGCAGCGCCGCCCCGCACACGCCGUUUUCCUUCUUCGUGCGCGGCUACGCCAACCGCGAAAAGACGCGCGUCACGAUCAUCGUCACGGAGCUCGCCAUUCCGUUGUACGCCUCCAUCGACGCGUGGCGUACCUCGUCGGUAUUUUCGCUGCAGGUGUCGAUGGUGCGGUUCAGCUGGAUACAGGAGAUGAGCGCCGGUGUGGCGGUCGCCAUGCGUCUGGCGGUCCCGUUUGGGGCAGCCGCGGCGGGGGUGGACGACGGUGGUGGCGGUGACGGUGCCUCCAACCCAGAAGGCGAUGCAGAGGGGGCGGUGAUUGUGGUGGACGCUGCGGAGGUACGUGGGAGCAACAACAAGACGAACGACAGCGCUGGCGUGGACGGCGGUCUGCGGCAGAGCCCGCUCACCGGAAGCCGAAGCAGCGCGACGCGACGACGAGCUCGCAGUCGUUCGCGCGGUGGAGGUGUCUCUUCUCCCGGUGACGCUAACGGCUCUGCGGCUAACCCGCUUCUCUUCUCGAUAAUCCUCGAGGGCUUGCAGCUGGAGCGCCUUUCCACGGAGGACACGGAAACGUUCUUCUUUGUCAUUCAUCAAAUGCAGUGGAUUGACGAGAAGUUGGGCUCCGUCUUUGUGCAUCGCGCACGGCCGCGAUUGCCCUCUGCGCUGCCAGCCAACGCCGCGUCGUCAUCGUCAUCGCCCUCGUCUCCGGCCGGUGCCACCACGACUGCCUCUCCGGCUCUCUCUUCGAGUCCAGGCGUCUCUUGGCGCACUGGUGGCCGUCGCCCAGCUCCCUCCUCAUCCGCCUCCUCUCUUCCUCUUCCUCCGUCUUCCGCAAACAGACGGGCGAGGGCGGUGAUGCUGCUUCCACGGGCGGCCGUCGCAGCCACCACCGCGGCAGCCCAUCGCGGCUUCGCCGCCGUCUUUGGUCAGCGCGACGCUUUCCUGCACGCUAUGGAAAAGCCGAACGAUGUGGAGCUCAGCUACAACUUCAUCAAGUACGCCGACGGCGUCACGCGUCUCACAGAGCUGCGCUGCGUCUUGACGCCGCUGGUGGUGGUCCUGUCCGACUUCUGGUUGGCGGACACAAUUUAUGAGGUGCGACGUCUGCGGGUGCUUCUCGGUCUGCGGAAGCAGGCCGCUACGACGCAGACGACCACCAUGACGACCGUGCCCAUGAUCCUGCUCAACGCACCUGCACCACAGCCACUACAACAGCAGCAGCAGCAGCAGCAGCAGGAAUCAUCACCGCUUCUGCCAGCACAAGUUCCAUCCGUUAGUGGCACCACCGGCAGUGCGGAUGCGGAUGCGGACGGGACGGGUAUUACGGUGGUGGUGGCAGAGGAUGAACCGAAGCCCACACUGGCCAGUUGGAGUGCACUUCGUCAACUGAGUUCGCGAAUACAUUGCCGUGCGGACGGUGACGUCGUGAUUGAAGCCGGCGACGAUGGCGCUGCUGUUGUUGCUGCUGCGGUGCCCCCUCCGUUCUUGCCUUCAACAACGCCACCAGUUCAGCACAACAACGUGACAGCAAGUACGAUGAAUCGCCUGCUUCGAGGUACACUGCCGGACGGCAACAACCGCAACGACAGCAGCAGCGAUACGGAGACGACGGCGUCGUCGCGGAGUGGCGCGCAGGCGAGCACGUACGCUGUGCUCCGCCGCUCCCGGCGAUCGCCGGUGGUGACGCGGCGCGGUGGUCGUCGCAGCGGCAGCGAUAGCAACGACACCGCCUCACGGCACAGCACUCGACCACCAACGACAACGCAGCAGCAGCAGCAGGAGGAGCAGCCUGCGACCACAGCGGUGACGGGGGACUCUCUCCAGUCGAUGGCACGCCGAUCACGUACGAAGAGAGUCAGCUCACGACCACAGCAACAGCAGCAGCAGCAGCGACCGCAAUGCAGCUCCUCCAGCGCCGCCAACACCGCCGGCUUCGUCUCUCAAUCCGUUUUUCUCCUUCAGCUGGUGCAGGAGGUGCGAGUGCGACUGCAACGACAGGGCACGGGUUUAAUGGCGGGCUCGCUUUCGGCCAUCACGACGCGGGAAGGCAAACGAAGCAAAUCAAGCGGCUUGAUGAGUCCCCUCCGCGGUGGUGGUGGUGGUGGUGACGGUUUGGUCAAGAGGGGCGGACAUCGGCGGCAGCUGGUGCCGACCACCGUGCGGCACCAUCGCGGUGCGCUGCAGCGUGGCGGGGCCGGGGAUGGCUUAGCGGGUGCCACUGCCACCACCACGGGGACGGAUAUGGAGGGGGCGGCAGGAGUCGAGAGCGCGAGCGCCGGCGCGCCGAACACAACCACGACGGCGACGACGACGGCGAGCUCUAACGUUAGCACGGCGUCCUUCAUGUUUAUUGAGCGGCUGGAAGUGCACCGGGUCACGCUGUACGUCACCUUCCACCGCCACCGUCCUGACCCGCUGCGGCCCAUCUUGGGGGCCUACGCCUGGAUGCUGCCGAGCCAGUUAAAUCAGCGGGAGUUCUACUUACCGGCGUGGACGCUGACGAAGCAGGUGGAGACGGGGGCGUCGCUGCGAGCGCGGAUGGUCAAGUGGGGGACGCACAGCCUACGAGAGCAGUGGACCAAAGUAACAAAGCUAGGCACCCUGCUCGACGCACUGCAGUUCUGGCAGCACCGCACGCUGCCCCUGCACGGGCCGCCGCUGGCGUUGACGCUGCCGGGGGUGCAGCGACAGCGGCAGGAGCGGGAAGGACGGUCCAUUUUGUUUGCCCCCUGCGUGUCCUCUGCCGACGACGGCGAAGGCGCGGAUCAAGAGGAUGACGAGGACGUGGGCGAGGAGGCGUUGCGGCGGGGUGGAUGGGGGAGUGUUGCGCCGAUGCGGCCGCCUUCCCCACACCCCAGCCAACGCUAG